AUGCGUUCUUCCGCGCUUGUAGCGUUGCUCGCUCUAGCCUGGAAAUAUCUUGCAGAGUGUGCCUUAAUCUCGACUUACAACUCCAUCAACUUCUUCGACAAAGUCGACUUCAUCUCCGUCAGUCUCCCUGCCCUCUCCUCCCAGAGCGCCUCCACCGCAAGCAGCCAAACUCACACACUCCAGACCUCAGAACAAUAUAACAGCGGCUUCGCGCAGUGCGACACGGAAGAUGCCACGGUCGCAUACGGCAAAGUGUACCUCGGCGUCGACGCGCAGAAGACGUACGGCGAGAACAGCACGGGCUGCCGCAGCGUCCACAUACCCAGCAAGGCCGUCUUCCAUAAUGGGUUGCUGGUCGCAGACUUUGCGCCUCUGCCUGAGGCGGGGAAUGGCAUGUGGCCUGCGUAG